UGCGUGCGCGCCGAGCGCCGGUUGAGGUCGGAGCGCGCCGGCGUGGUGCGGGAGCUGUGCGCGCAACCCGGCCAAGUGGUGGCCCCCGGAGCGGUGCUGGUGCGGUUAGAAGGAUGUAGCCACCCAGUUGUCAUGAAGGGCCUGUGCGCCGAGUGUGGCCAGGACCUAACCCAGUUGCAGAGUAAGAACGGGAAGCAGCAGGUUCCGCUGUCCACGGCCACCGUGUCGAUGGUGCACAGUGUCCCAGAGCUGAUGGUGAGCUCCGAGCAAGCUGAGCAGCUGGGAAGGGAAGACCAGCAACGACUGCAUCGAAACAGAAAGCUGGUGCUCAUGGUCGACUUGGACCAGACCUUGAUCCACACGACAGAGCAGCACUGCCAGCAGAUGUCAAACAAGGGCAUAUUUCACUUCCAGCUGGGCCGGGGCGAGCCGAUGCUGCACACCCGUUUGCGUCCCCACUGCAAGGAGUUCCUGGAGCAGAUCGCAAAGUUGUACGAGCUGCACGUCUUCACUUUUGGUAGCCGACUGUAUGCGCACACCAUCGCAGGCUUUUUAGAUCCUGAGAAGAAGCUUUUUUCUCAUCGAAUAUUGUCAAGGGACGAGUGUAUUGACCCGUUUUCUAAAACAGGCAACCUUAGAAAUCUCUUUCCUUGUGGAGACUCAAUGGUUUGCAUUAUUGAUGACCGAGAAGAUGUCUGGAAAUUUGCCCCCAAUCUGAUCACCGUGAAGAAGUAUGUGUACUUCCAGGGCAUAGGAGACAUCAAUGCUCCAUCUGGGUGCCGGGAGUCUCAGGCGAGAAAGAAAGUGAGUCAUUCUUCUAAAGGUGCCGAUGCCACAGAGCAAGCUCCAUCUGUCAAGGACCCCGAAGAAGGAAGGCAGGUUCCUGGGGUCGAGCAGAGUAACGGGCUUGGGAAGCCCUCAAGGGAGCUCAAUGGGGGCACUCCUCCACAGGGGGACUGGCCCUUGCCUUGUCAGGAGGAGGAGAGGGGCACACGGCCUGCCACCCAUGCCCCCUUGGCUGAUGGUAGGGGGCCCCCAGCGUGUGCUCCUCAGCAUGGUCGGACAUUGCCAGAAAAGCGGCCUGCUCAGGGCACGGCGGGUGCUGACCUGGACUUUGACUUAUCCAGUGACAGCGAGAGCAGCAGCGAGUCAGACGGUCAGUCUUCCUCUCCUGCCUCUGAUGGCGAAAGUGGGGAGAAGAGGGGCCGGAAAAAGCCUAAGGCCGUGCGAGAUGCUGGGAAAGUCGUGCCGCAGGGUGGCGUCCCGGGCUCAGGAGGGGAGAAGCCUGCAGGAGCAAAUCACUGUGGGGAGUCUGUGCCCGCUGUCCAUGCGGACGUGCAGGAGGAGAGCGAGCGGGACGGCCUCUGCGGGCUUGGGGGCGGCUGUGCUGACAGGAAGGAGGCUGAGACGGAGUCCCAGAACAGCGAGCAGUCGGGCAUCACGGUGGGCGAGUCACUGGACCAGAGCAUGGAGGAGGAGGAGGAGGAGGAGGAGGACGCCGACGACGACGACCACCUGGUCUACCUGGAGGAGAUCCUCGCCCGCGUGCACUCCGACUACUACGCCAAGUACGACCGCUUCCUCAGCGGGGAGAUCCAGGAGGCCCCCGACAUCCGGAAGAUCGUCCCGGAGCUCAAGAGCAAGGUGUUGGCAGACGUCGCCAUAAUAUUUAGUGGGCUGCACCCAACAAACUUCCCAAUAGAGAAGACCCGGGAGCAUUACCACGCCACGGCCCUUGGAGCAAAGAUCCUCACUCAGCUGGUGCUGGACCCCGACGACCCCAACAGAGCCACCCACCUGAUCGCGGCACGGGCGGGCACGGAGAAGGUGCGCCAGGCCCAGGAGUGCGGGCAGCUGCACGUGGUCAACCCCGACUGGCUGUGGAGCUGCCUGGAGCGGUGGGACAAGGUGGAGGAGCAGCUCUUCCCACUCCGGGACGACUGCAGCAGAGCGCAGAGGGAGGAAGGCCCGGCAGCCUUUCCCGACAGGCAGGGUGCACUUCCAACCGCCUUGUUCCAUCCGACGCCUGUCCAUCCCAGAGCCCAGGCCGGCCCUGAAGUUCGGAUCUACGACGCCAAAACGGGCAAGCUCAUUCGGAAGGGCGCUGUGGGCCCCGGGCCCCCCAGCUCCCUGCCAGUCCACGUGGAGCACUCCUCCUUCAGAGUUGUUCAGCCACAUCAACAGCAGAUGUUUGGUGAAGAGUUGCCAGAUAAUCAAGAUGGAGAGCAGCCUGGUCCUUCUAGAAGAAAGCGACAGCCCAGCAUGUCAGAGACAAUGCCGCUGUACACACUGUGUAAGGAGGAUUUAGAGAGUAUGGACAAAGAGGUGGAUGACAUCCUAGGAGAAGGCAGCGAUGACAGCGACAGUGAGAAGAAGAAGCCGGAGGAGCAAGAGGAGGAGGAACAGGAGGGGGCACCUCAGCCCCAGGAGCCUGAGGCCCCGGGGGCCCACAUGGGGCCCACGCUCAAGUCAGCAUCAUCCAGCGAGAGGAGUGCAGCGGACGGCCGGGGGCCCAGAGGCCACAAGAGGAAGCUGAAUGAAGGGGAAGCUGCCAGCGAGUCCAGUGGGGAGUCCAGCUGUGAGGACGAGGAGGGGAGCAGCUCGGAGGCAGACGAGAUGGCCGCAGCGCUUGAGGCAGAACUCAACGACCUCAUGUGAUCUGCGGGCCACAGGGGCCAACACAUGCAUGUCCUUCCCUCCCUGCCCGUGCUGGCCUGCAGAUGGGGUUUCCUUUUCUCCAGAAAAACAUGUAUAUUUUGCAGAGCUCCACAUACAGAAACACAUUAUUUUGCAGAAAUAGGUGUUUUUAGAAGUUUUAGUACGGGAAAGUCUACUUUUUUAGGUGACGGGGUGUCCCGGGGAAGCGGUGUGCCAUGCCAGAGAUCCUUGUUGCACACAGCAGAGCCACGCAGCAAGACUGGGGUUGUGGUUUGGUGUCGU